CUUCCGCUUUGUCGCGUGACACUGAAAUGGUUUCGAUGGGCAUUAAGUAGAUUUCUUUGAAAUCUUCCUCUUAAAUCAAUGUGAAAUGAACCCUAACGACGAAAAGGCAUCUCUACUCCACUCUGGAUGUUCAAGAUCCACUAUUUAUUCCAGAAACUUGUCUCAAGGGGAAAGGAUUUUAGAGCUAUCCAAAUCGAGAGAGUUAUCCUCAAAGUACAGAUUGUAUCGCAGAAGAUGGUACAUGCUCCUUGUCCUAUUUGUACUGAAUGUCUCCAAUGCUAUGGUGAGCCAUCGAGAUCUCUUAUAACUAGAACUUGCUUGUAGUUUGCCCUUCACAAAAAAAUAAAUAAGGACUGAAAUCAGUUUUAGACUGAAGAAAAAAAUUUCGGUCUAAAAUUAGUCAGGCUUUCGUUCUAGGUCGUGUGUAGUUCAUCGACAGGAGAUCCCAAUCUGUAUCAGCUUUAGACUGAAGAAAAAAAUUUCAGUCUAAAAUUAGUCAGGCUUUCGUUCUAGCUCGUGUGUAGUACAUCGGCAGAAGAUUCCAAUCUGUAUCAGCUUUAUCUUUAACAUACGUCAAAUCUACGAAAAAUUUAUUAUGUAAACAUUAAUUUUGUAACUAUAGGAUACAUCAGACACUUGAUAGAUAGUCCUUCAUUUUGGCAAAGGAGUCAAUUCUCAUGUCGAUAACUUGCUUUUAGUACUUGUAUGUCAAUGGUGAUGACAGGUCGCUUUGUCCAAAUCACUAAACUUAAUGUUGCACUACCAAAAGUGAGCUUUUUUCAGCUGUGCAUCAAAUUUUAUGGCCCUUUAUCCUCCUAAGAUAAGAUUGAUAACUCUGUAUCUCCUUUCCUGUUGUAACAUCUUCACAAAUGGUAUGUCUCAUCCCAUUGAUAGAGGCUUAGAGUGGAGGAAGAAAAGGGGCAAUUUCAAAAAGCUUAGCUGAGAACGUAGACUAUAUUUUUAUAAGAUAUGCAACUUGUCACUCUAUAUUUUUGUCAUUAAUUGGAUACCACCUCUAACAAGUUUACUAAACCAGAUUUUAUUUCUUGACUUAGUUGUGGUUAAGUUUUGCCCCCGUGGCUGACUACACAGCUUCAUAUUAUGACGAGAGUGUUAAUGCUGUAAACUGGCUUUCGAUUGUGUUCCUUCUUUGUUAUUUAUUGUUUGGCUUGGUGGCAGUUUGGAUCCUUGAUGUUCUUGGUUUACGAACAGGGGUAAGUACAAUAAGUAAGAGUUGGUACAUUAAUUAGUUAAUAAAGGGGGGUAAGUUUUGAAAGAAACUGUGGUGCUGCAUCAGUAGGAGAGUAUAACAGGGUCAUUUAGUAUUAUCAACUGAGUUGAUAAGUAAUUGGCCACUGUAAAAAGUUUCAAAGCUGAUGUUUCAAGUGUUAGCCAUUUGCCAAUUGCUCUGACAAAGGGCUAACACUAGAAAUGUGAGCUUUGAAACUCUUUACAGUGGCCAAUUUAUGUUUUCAACUCAGUUGAAAUACUUCAUUACCCUGGUACAUUAGUUAUGUUUGUUACUAGAAUGUGAUCAGUUACCUUGACUGCCAUAGUAAAUCAGGUCAGUAUUGUUGUGUACCCAAUGCAGCGGACACAGGGUGUUGUGCGCUGGAGUUUGGGGAGUGUCAACCACUGUAUAAGAAUCAGCAACACAAGUUGAUUCAACAAUGUUUAAUGCUAUCAGCUGACUAUCAUACACAUGCGGUGAAAACUAUAAAGGGGAAAUUACAAUGUACAAGAUUAAAAAGUGGGCUGAGGUUAAUCACAAAACAAGUGAAAUUGAAAAGGAAAGGAAACUGAAUACAAAAGGCUGGAACUUACGUCUGAUCCUGUCUUUACAGGCUUAGAGAAACUGCAACGUUACAUAACUGGAAUAAUCUUAUGUAAAAAGAAACUCUGAUCUAUCUCCGCUGACCUCCUUACUCCAACUGACUUAAUACUUAAGGGAUGUACCACUAUAAGGGUGUAGUUCACAUGUACAAUUGCAAACUGGUAUAUCAGGAAUGCUAGCCAAGUAGGUAAUUCAAACUGUGAACAAUAGUACACUAUGAAAAUUGGGUUGUAAACUUGACAGAGAAAUAAGACAGAACUGUUUUCCUACUUAAAAUAAAAACAAAAUGAUUACGUAAUCAAAGUCUUCUCUGAAUGUUCAUUACAAGUAUAGUUGUAUCAAGUAACAGACCAUUAGAGAGAGGAAUUAAUUGCUGUGAACAAAUAAAACAAUGAGCAUCAUGGUGUGGCAUAGAUCCUGUCUUUCCUAAGACUACAAAAGCUUAAAAAAAAGGAUGAAAGAUUUGCCACAUGGGAUUGAAUAGGGUGAAGAGGAGCACUUUUAGGGAAGGAAUUUCUUUGUAGAAAGAGCAUGACUCCAAUUUCAUGCCAUUUUUUCUAAUCUAGUAUUUGUUUCAUCCCCUUUGGUUUUUCUAUAGUGGGGGGGCUUUUGGAGUCUCAGGGCAAAAUUCUGGCAGGACUACUGUUAUUGUUUACAAUACCAUUGCCACCAUUCCCAAUGUUGAUGAAAUACAUCAGAAUUUCACCUGCAGAUGAAAUUCAGAUGGAGAAAUGAUCUUCCCAGGUGAGAAUUGUUUCUUCACUUGCAAGGAUCAUUUGUUCAUCAGGUGGUCACUAUUGUUAUCAUUUUGACGGUCACUUUGUUCCUAAUUACCAGGUUCUUUUGGGUGCAUGGUUGAAUGCCAUCGGUGCUGGUGUUAGAAUUCUCAGUGGACUUGAUUUUGUCCUUCCCAACAUCAAAUUCAUUGUAGUGAUGAUUGGUCAAACUUCAGCUUCACUUGCCCAACCAUUUCUUCUUGGGUCUCCUACUAAGCUGGCAGCUCUGUGGUUUGGAGCAGAUGAGAGGGCCACAGCAAACAUGAUAGCAUCACUUAGUGAGUUUCAUUAUUAAUGAACCUCAUCUUUUUUCGCAUCUUUCACGAGGCCACAAAUUCCCUCAACAAGACUUUUGGAACUGGUGGUACUUCUUGUGUCUGACCAUUAGUUCUGGAACUUAUUAACCCUUGAACUCUCAAUAGUGAUCAACACAUAACUUCUCCCAUUGAUAUUCAUAGGUUAUUCAGCAAACAGGUAAUGAGAAUACUCAAAUUUAUCAGGUAGAAGUUGUUUUCUUGAUCUAACACCAAAUUAUCGUAACUAAUUUUCAAAAAAAUGUGUAGCAGCCAGGUGGGAAAAAGAGCAAUCAGAUCUUGGGAGUUAAAAGGUUUAAUGGACUGGUCAAUGCAAUCAGUUCUGUGACAGACUAAUUCUUGUGUGCAUCUACCUGAGAUCAGAAAGUUAACGUAGAUUCAAAUUAAAAUGAAAUCCUGAUGAAAUUAAAAAUUAUUUUACCAAAACACUCAAUUUCACUUAUAAGCAAUGAACUACUGUCUGUAGAUCACCUAGACCCUGCUACUCCCAGAUCCACUCAGUAAUUAUCCUCGCUGACUGUCCUUGUUGAUAAGGCAGGAGAUCAGAAUUGGUCUUACACUUCAAGCUAACAACUACCCUUAAGCUGAUAAGCUUGUCUUUUUAUAUGAUCUUGGUGCUAGGCAGUAUAUCUAAAUCUAAAGGAGGGCUAACUUAGAUUGUAAUCACUUUUGGGAAUUAAGGGUUAAUUGAUAAAUUUUUGUACCUCUACAAGAGACAUGUAAUGAUAAAACUGACGUACUUUUUUUAUAUCUUUGGCAAUUUGUUGUUAACCUUUUUUAAUUGUUUUUAAUUUUAGGCAAUCCCAUGGGAGUUAUGAUAGCUAAUGUAUUGGCUCCUGUUAUUGUAAAUGAUGAAACAGGCAUUCCUUUUAUGGUAUGUUUCUUUAAAAAAAGCAGUUUCUGAAAAUUACUGAAUGUUACAAGACUUUCAGUAUUCGUAUCCUUACAGGAACUAGUUAAUUGUUUUGUUAGGUAAUACAUUUCUUGAGUUGUACACCUAUAUCACCAAUUUGUUACUUAUAUUUGUUCAGUUAAUUUCUUUAAGGGAAAUUAGCAGUAAGUUGACUUUGAGAACAUUGGAAGAAAACAUGGAUGUUAACAAGUGUUUUUUUAUGUUAUUGAAACUCAGUUCUUGAUUCAUGAUCACGGUUUCAAUUUUUAGUUUCUGAGAAUUUUCUUCAAUUUUUUCUGCAGUUGGAGAUAUUUUCAAUUCCUGCUUUUCUUGGUGUUGUCAUGGCAACCUUUGGAGUAUGCAGUAGCUCCCCACCAACCCCACCCACAGCAUCAGCAGAGUCAUCAUCAGAGCCUUUCUUUCAGGGUCUCAAAAAGGUCUGAUAGAAUUUUUACUUGUAUAUUGCUUUGCCCUUGUCCAGUAACAUCCUUUGCCAUUAAGCACUUCAGCAUGCAAUGCCUUAACUCAUGGACAUGAUUGCGUACUAAAUGUUUAUCUCUAACAUGCUGUAUAUGAUUACACUACUUUGUGGUGGAAGAGUAUUUUACUCACAUAUUAAGAACCAGAAAUACACAUAUUUAGAAAAAUAUUCCAUUUUUGUCGUCAUUUGUCUAUACUAGGUGACUACUUAUCCCAUUCACACCAGCAAAAAAAUGUUUAGUUCAACUGCGUUUAGCUGAAUUACAAUCAGAAACAGAGAAUUGAAAUACUUAAUUUUGAGUAGGAUUCAAGUAAUUGCCAACUUGUAUUUUUGAUAUGCUAAAUUUGAAGUUGACAACAUCCUUUCUAGCAGCUUCAAUGAAGAAAAUGAUUCUCAACCGUCUUUAGCAAGACAACUUUAAAACAUGUCUAGGCUUUGAUGAGAAUGCUCCUACUCAUUGCAGACAUGCUUACAUGUCUCAUUUGGAGUGGCUGAUGAAACAGGCAAAUCCCAAAUCCAAAUCCAGUAUUGUUACUCACUUCCCAAAGGUAGACACUUCCCAUUGACAUGCAGCACCCCUGAAUUGGCACCAAUUUAAGGCCAUGAUACCACACAAUCUCGACCUCUUAAACUUCUGAGAAGCUGAUAUCUCUCUGAGCUGGAAAGUUCUCUUCCUCUUCAAAUUGUACCCCUUUUGGGAAUUUCUACUUUACCCAAAUAUUAUAAGGAAAGAAGCCCACUUCAAACUGUUACUUGUUGUCUCACAUUAUUAAAGACAUAAUAUUAUACCACUGAAAUUUGUUUUUGAAUCUUGACAACUAUCUUAUGUUUACAUAGCCUCACCCUUUGUAAUGAGGUACUUCUGCAUUUUUGUUCUGAUCAGCUUUUGCAGAACAAACCUUACCUAGUGUUAUUGGUGACAUUUGGUUCUGGGAUAGGCCUUUUUACCUGCCUUACAACAAUUUUAGAACAAGUUAUCUGCCCCAGAGGAUAUAGUGAUGUAAGUAUUGUCAUGAAGAUUUUGCAGUAUGUGUCCUGGGUUAUUAAAAUAACAAGCAUAAAGAACAUACCAGACAUUAUAUUAAUUUUUUCCAUGCCUUCGGCGCAUGAUUUACAAACUUUUGGAUCAUGUGUACUUAAAGAAAACCAAUAGAAAGUGGAUUCUAUUGCUUCACCAUCCUUACAAGAGGCAAAAAAACUUUUCUGUCCUCCAUCUGGUCUGACUUCUUAAUACACUUGUUUUUCUAAACUUUCCUUUGUUCUCAUAAGCUGUUGUGUUUAGUUUUCCUUCUGGAUUUUAUUAUAUGAGACUUCAUCAAGAUUCCAAGCCAAUCUGAAAAUGUUAUUGUCACUUGGAAGUUAAACACAUUAAUAAGUUAUCAAACUCUUUUGACUGUAAAAAAAUGUAGAAUAUAAUAUUUAGAACUGGCUUUCAGAGAAAUGAAAUGGUAUGACAUUGAACCAAAAUAUUUUCACACAAUGUACAAUUGUGCAACACUGCACUUUGUCUGUUGUUAGCUUCUGAUAGCAAUUGUCUUUUGAUUGUUGUUUAAGGACAUGGCAGGAACAGCAGGUGCUGUUUUGAUAGCGGUUGGUUUGGUGGGAGGUGGAUUCACUGGUGUGUAUGUUGACAAAACCAAGAAGUUUAAAGAGACAGCAAAGAUUUCAUAUGCACUGGCUGCAGUAUCAUGUUGUUUACUCUUAUACGUAAGUAAUUGAUGCCUUGAAGGGUUAACAUUGUAAGCUGUCCUCACCGCUGCCUGUAACAGGGUGGAGCCUUAUUGUCUUAGACCAGCAUAAAUGGUUCAAGUUGUACACCAGGACAUGAUUGUUCAAAUGGUCGAUAACACUAUCCAGUGGAUAAAUCUCUAUCUGGUGGAUAGCCCUGUAUGUUUUGUGAAAACUUAUCCAACAGAUAGCAAUUUAUCCAUUGGAUAGCAUUAUCUGCCCUUUAUACAACUGGGCCCAGGACAUGGUUGUUCCAAUGGUGGAUAUUGCUAUCCACUAGAUUAUAAACCCUUUACACCCUAACAUCAGUUUCCAAGUUCUCCACACUUUCAUUUGUUCUCAUGACCUUUAUGUUUGAGUCAGGGGGGAAUAUUGUAGGAAGAAAUUAGAUGCUAGUCGCUCAUAGAGGGUCAAAGGGAUAACGAUGACUGAAAUCCAAGAUACAGAUUUAAAAAGUAAUAAUAUACAUGAAAAUAGGUGCUUCUGAUUGGCUGAAAAUGAGAGCAUUUUUCUUGUAAUUUGAGUGCAAAUUUCAAAUAGCAUGGUUGCUGUCAAAUUUCAUCUGUCUUCAUUUAAUUUAUGAAUAAGUAAUAACAUGCAAUUUAGUAUUAAUAAACACUUGCAAAAUUUUUGAAAGACUAAAAAUUGCAAUUUUGUUGGCUUUGAAAAGUUUACUUGUGCUUAAUAAUGCCAAAUGGCAUGUCUUUUGAGAAAUCAUGUUAUGGCCUGUACUAAUUAAUGAUGACAAUAGGAGAUGAGCUUUAUUUGUUUGUCUCAUGAUGGAGUCACUUUCAAUGUUGAUUGUGACGUUUCAACUGCAGUACUGCAAGUCUUCAUCAGGUGAUGAGGUCGAUUGUUUGCACGUUGCUAUGUGUAGCACGUUGGUUUGCUGCUAUUGGUGCAUUUUGAUCCUCAUUAUAAUUCUGGCUGUUGUGUUGUUUGAUCAUGGGUAUCCAAGCUUCAGGAAUUUUGAUUCCACUAUCCCUAUUGAUGUUGUUGGGAUGAAGUCCUAUAUGGAUAGCCUCUUUGACCCUACCUGUGUACCAGUGAGGGUCAUGAUAAAUAAACUUAACCUUGCUCCAAAAGGAAUAUGCACUGUUUUGUUAUAAAUCAAUGUCAUUGCCUGAUGAAGACUAGCAGUAUUGCAGUCAAAAUGUUGUGAUCAACAUCCAAAGUGACUCAAUGGUGAGACAAAAGAAUAAAGUUCAUCUCCUAUCCUGGACUACAAUAAACAAUAACCACAUAUUUUAUUACAUAAUGCUGACAAUGCUCUCAAAUUUUCACUAGGUGAGUAGCAAGCCUGGUCAACCUGCUCUUGUUGUGGCCACCUGUGGCUUGUUUGGUUUUUUUUCAUUUGCCCUCAUGCCAGUCUGUUUGGAAGUAGGAGUAGAGUGUACCUAUCCUGUGGCUGAAGCAACAAGUGCUGGGCUGCUGUGGAUGGCAGGGUAUAUUGGUGGUUUUUUUGUUGUUGUUACUUACUACUGUCCCAUACACAAUCCUGACCUCCCUGACUCUAGCAAUCAAUUAAUAUUGAAUGACAACUUUUGUGAUCCCUCAUUCAAACAAAACAUCUGAGUGUGAUAUCCAACGAAAGUUCAUAAUGGAGAACCUUUGUAAUGGGCCUUGCUCACCAUAGAGUCUCUGUGGCUCAGUGGUGGAACAUUGGAGCUGAGAAUCCAAAGGUCUGAGGUUUGAUUCCUCAUAGGACUCAGAAGUUUUUCUUUGUCCCUCACAAAUGAAAAACAUCUCUCUCUAAAAAAAAACUUGCUCCGGUAUUCUUCUCUCACUGGUGAUAAGUUUUACAUCUGAUUGACAGAAUACACCAAGUCUGCACUCUUGGUUGUGUGGUGUGAUUGUCCAGGUAGAGGCAAGUCAUUUUGAUACAAAGUGGUUUUGACACAAGUCAAUUGGAUGCAAACCAAAGUUGAUUACUCAUGACCAUGAGCCAUUUUCGGUCAACACUCUCACUGACCAUCAUCCCCUUGUUGCUUCAUGCACAUUGUAACAGUUUCAGUCACUUAACAAAGAGUUAGCACUACUUUACAGGGUAUAACUUUAACCUAAGAAUUUUAUUAUUUCUUCUUCACAGUCAAGCCACUGGGGUAAUAUUCAUAUUAGUUUCACAAGCUUUAGCAUUUCCCAAAGUUUUCGAAAAGUCCAAGUGUCAUCAGAAGUCAGGCGACAAGAAAGUUCCGGAUUAUCUGUAUUCCAUGAUUUUUAUGACGUCAGCGGCUGUUGCUAUGGCAAUUUUGAUAAUCUAUGGCUUCAACCCUUCUUACAAACGCCUCCAGAUGGAGCAAAGAAAAGAGGCUCAGAAAAUUCUUCAAGCGGGUGCUGAGCAGAGACUUCCAAGUAUACCUAACCCGUCUGACCCAGACAUCAAAAACUUGUGCUAGGAUAAAACUUGCAGACAUUUCUUUUAGUUUUAGCAAUGGUGGUUUGUUACUUCAUCAGAGCGUAUUUUGACUGACCGUAUAAACCCUCCACCGGAACUCUAGAAUAAAGGUAAAGAUCACAAGAGGCCCAUGGGAACAAAUGUCUUGACUAAGCUUGGAAUCACAAGUGUCUAAGGGGUUGAUGGUUUUAGUUCUGCAUCUGGGUCCAGUUGUUCAAGAGGUGGAUAACUACCUAACAAAUAAGAGUUAAAGAACGUACUGCGGUAUCCGCUGGAUCAAGGUUCAUUCGGUGGAUAGCGUCAUCCGCCCCUUGAACAAACGGGGCUUUGGAUAGCAUAUAGAAAUGAAGCAAAACUAAGCGAUUUAAAAUUACUCUUCAAAAUGAUUUGAGAAUUGCUUUUUAAGGCAGUGUACUGUUCCAAAAACUAUCCUUGCCUUCCUCCGCACAUGUUCACAUAGAAUUUGCGGGGAAGCCAAGUUUAAGAGAGUACGAUUUUUUCAAAAACGCAUUAAGGUAAAUGCAGAUUUUGUCAGCCGGAAAAUACUUCGUUAGCUUCAUAAGGAAUCGGCGAUCUUAGUCAGAAUGAACUGAGUGGGCAACAAACGCUUCGAGAGGCGUACGUUUAGAGUUCAAUUAAGCCGACUCAACUCGAUAGUUGAUGAAUUUAAUAGUUUCAUUUUCACGAUCCUCAAAGUUGUACUCGUUCUUUUCAGCGGUCAUGUUAUGGCUGCAAAGCAAAAUGACCUUCAAGUUACAGAAAAAAGUUAAAUAAUGUAACUCUUUAUCUGGCGGGUGUAGGACUUGAUUAAAUGUAACGCGAACCUAAAAAAAAUGAUAACUAGGUUAUUUCAUAUAUUUUAUAUAAAUGUAUUUAAAUAACGCUUGUGGUGCUUGUUUUUUAAAAGUCCUCAAGGCGUUAAGUUUAUGUGAGAAUUAUAAAUGAUAUAGAAUGGAGAUACAUGGAGGGAUGCAUACGAUAAACGCAGUUAAAUUAUGCUGAUUCUUUAAUAAGUUCAACCGAGGAAUUAGCCAGAUAUCAUCUUACCACAACGGUUCUGAAAUUAUAGCGAGACACGUCUUUAACAAAGAAUGCGCUCAACCAUGUCUUUAGGUUAAUAUUCCUGUAGUUUAUUUUUAGAAAAUAAAGUAUUUUUAUUUUUAAAAGGAUUAAGAUGUGCUACUGAGAUCAUCGCAUAUAGUGCACCUCGUGCCUCAGAUUUUGCGCCCAUUUAAGAAUCGAUAGAAGCCACGAGUUUUCAUGAGUCGCAAGUAACUGUGAGAAAGUUUUCAAUGGUAAGACAGCGGGAUGUACCGAUGAUGAUCUAUCAACUGCGUCUUUCAGAAAAGCCGGUGCAUGGCGCCCAACAUAAUUCACCGAAGGAUUAAGCUGACAUGUCUCAAGAUAGUGAUGACUCUGAUGUAAUCUAAUGCAAACAAAGCAAUUGAAAUGUGGUCAAAAGCAUAUCAUCAUUCUUUUUCUUGCCUCUGAUUGUGCCGGAGUUUUACCCGGUACUGAGUUCUUCGUUUAGUGCAUGAUUGUUGUGUCUGCCGAUAGUGCGCAUUCCGUGUCCUGCCUUCUUUUGUACCUGACUGAUUACGUCUUCGCAUAGCACUCACUUACUUUCAAUGUGCCAGAUUUGUAGGUCUCCUGAUAUCGCUCACACCAUCUUGCGCCAGCUUGUUGCAUCUCCUGAUAGCGUGCACUCCGUUUUAUGCAUGACUAUGGUCUCCAGUUAGCGCACACUCCGUUUUUCUCUCCGAUUACUAUGUUUCCCGGGCGUGUAAUUUCGAUUUACGUCUCGUAAUAAUUUGCAUACUGACUUGUACCUGAUUAUUACGUCUCCUAAUAGCGUGCACUUCGUCUUUGUGCCUGACUGUUUCGUCUCCUCAAAAGUGGGCUUUCUCUUUUGCAUACGAUUGUUACAUCUACCGUUAGCGGCACUCUGUUUUGUACUCUAUUAUUACGUCUCGCAGUAGUGUGCUGCUCGAUUUGUCCCUGAUUGUGAAAUCUUCCGAUUACGCACACUCUGUUUUAUAAAUGAAUGUGACGUCUCUAGUUAGCCAGAUCGUCACUUCUCCCGGUAGAAAUUUCUUCUACUUUCGAUUUAUGGGCAAUUUCUGCAGCUACUGAAAACACAGGCAAUAUUUAUCCUUAAUUUUGCUCGGCUCCUUGCGAUUACCUAUACUAAUUAAUUCGUCUUCUGAUAGCGCACGCUCCGUUCUGUGUCUGACUAUUACGUCUCCUGAUAGCGCACUCCGUUCUGUGCCGUACAUCUUUCGGUGGUGCGCAGUCCCAUUCGUGUCUGAUUGUGACUUUAGGUAACGCUAUCUCUGUUUUGCGUCUGAUCUUUAAGUUCCCCGUCAACGCACACUCUGUUUAAUUUAUUCGCCUGGUUUAUUUGAAGUCUCCUGGUUGGACAAAUUCUUGUUCUUGAUGUUUCGUCUUUGUUAAAGCAGUAACGUGACUCAUGUGUGAUCAAUCUUUUGUUUGACUGUUACCUUUCCCAGAAAAAAAUUAUCCUGUGUUAUUUCAUGUUGUCCCAUAACAAUUAUUAAUGCAAAAAUGUUGGAUUAAGUUGGUGUUAAAUAUCCUUAGGACCUUAAGAACCCCUGAAAGUUUUUUAGUGGUGCUCACUAUUCAACUCUCUGUCUUCCUUUGGUUGCACCGUUGCGCUCCUUCCGUUUACUAAGUGGCUAGAACAUUCACGAAGUAGGGAGAAAGACUACGCUUAAUUUUGAGUUCUGCCCUAAGCUUUAAAAGGAACGGAGCACAGUUAGUUGAGGCUUCUCUUACCAUACGGUUUUAUGAACAUCAUUUUUUCAAGCCCGAGAGUCUUACUCCAGUUGUAUGGGGGUAAAGAAAGAAGAAACUUUAAUGCUGCAUCGGUGGGGGAUUACAAGAUAUUUUGGUUUUAUCAAAAGAGUUGAUAAUAUAAAUAGUCCAUCGUCAGGAGCCCAUUGGGCUCCUGCCACCGUAAAGAGUUUCUAAAGCUGACGUUUCGAACUUUCACCCUUCAUCAGAGCAAAUGGUUGCCGACAUACUGUUGUAUUGGGUUCCAGUCUGCGGUGAUUUGGGCCUAGUCUGGUAAGGGAGGUUAUUUGCAUGCGGUUUGAAGUCGCACAUACUUUGGCUGAAAAGCGUUGGUUAUCGACUUACUGGCACAUCGCUUUCGGAGAAUUUCAGUCAUCUUCUCUUUGUACCCCGCUGCUUUUAGGUUCGGAGUUAAGUCCCUUUUUAAUGGAUACCAGUUGCGGCAGGAUGCACAGAAGAAAAGGGCUGUACUUAAUUCUUAUCGUCCUUAAAAGAAAAAGAUCAGCGAGGAUCGUGAGAAGAUUGAGCGAGUCAAUGAGCAAGGCAGUGUUGAUAAAAUCUGAGCCAGAGCAGGUUGUCAAUUGACAACGUAUAAGGCAAGACAAAAGCCGUUACGGUUUGCUUUCCAUCAUAGAUUGCCACUAACAUCAGUAGUAUUUUUACGUGACUGAGCGUGUUUAAUUAUCCAUUUUGUAUCACUUUCAUCUGUCUCCCCUCCCUCCCCCCUCCCCCCGUUCCAAACUUAUGGGAUUGACAUUACGAGGACUAAUUCAGGAAAAAUUAACAGUCACUUGUUCUGGGAAUUCGGUAUUUUGUACAAAUUAUGGCUUAUGAUUAUUGAAUGCUGCUAUAAAUUCCAUUCAGUGCCAUUUUUCAUAUACUGAAUUGCUAAAACAAGAUAAGACAUUCUGAUUCCCCUUCCAGAGAGAUUUACUCUAAUUCAGAAUAUCAUGUCGCAAUGUGCUGACUAUACUUUUCAGUCGAAUAUCUAUUCCUUCAAAUGAAAAUGUUACACCAGAUACCGCCUAUAUCUUUGUAUUCCAGUAAUGAACGAAGAAUGUUUGAGCUAAACAUCAAAACACAUGUACAUAUUGUAGGGCUAUUUUUUUUAAUAAAGUAUCGAUACGCUUCGUUACGUGAUAUUUGAAGUACUUUCCCAACGAUACUCGUUAUCAAGGCCUGCUCGUUAUCAGUCCCCCAAAUCAUUUCGUGAAGAUUUGGUAAUCUAUUUGGUUUUCUGAGUACGAACGAACCUGGAAGAUGGAUAGAAGAAAUAUUGCUAAAGAUCUGAGAGAGUAUUCAUUAACUCUUACAGGCCUGGUAGGGUUACAGCUACCAUGCCUGGUUUCUGCAGCACAACCUUCCUCGCCACUGGCUCAAUUCCAGUCUUAUGGUCUCCUAUUCAACAUGUCGAGUGCAACUUUGAAAGAUCACUUCUCUUUCUCCCCCGAAAAUCUCGCUCAAGGACGAUAUCACACUCUUGUCACGAACCUUUUCAAUCACCAAGGUAAGCUAUGGUAUUCACCUCGUGAACUUUGUGCCUUCGUCUUCAACUUAAUUGUGAAGUGGGUUUUAUAAAAACCAAAUGUGGUGAUGCAACAACCAUGAAUCGAUGGUUGUGAAAAUUGUAUUAGUGACGCAAAUGAUCACUGUUGCUUUUCAACUUUUCAAUCUGACGAUGAUCUACAAACGUGUAGCAAAUACUGCCAAUAUAUACCAUGUUGUGGUUUCAAUGUAAGUUGGUUUGAUUGGCAUGUGAUGGCAUGCAAUUUUUGAAGUUCAAGGCCAAAGUAUAAAUAUUCAUUAGCUACUCUACUGCUAUAAAUAAUUUGUUAAUUAACAUAACUCAGAAACAGACACCCUGGACAGAAAGUCAGAAUUCUUAACUCAUGGACCCUUUUGGCCUUUUUUGAUCUAAAUAUUGGCUUCAUCAAACACAACUACAUACUGUGAUUUCUGUUUAGCUUGAUUUAACCACAGGUGGCCCAAGCUCCAGCUGUGAGAUGAUUAUCUUGCAUAAUAAGAGUCAUGGCAAAAUUAUAAGAGUUUGUACAGGAAUAUUUACGACCACUCUUAGGAAUAAAAAAUACAGUCAAAUUCGCAAUGAAAAUACCUUACCUUACUUCCACAGUGUAUCAUUUGCUGUCUGACAGCUUGCUAUGUUGAAAAAAGCUAUUUUGGCAAAUUAUCCAUUUCUAGGUUUACUACGUAUAUAAUAAAAGCCCAAGGCUGCACACUCCAUUUCUGAAUGCUCGAUCCACGAAGUGAAAAAUCUAAGCUCAAAAUGACCAGGUGGCCACAAAUCCAAUGCAGAAUCCCAGCACAUAUACUGUAGUUUAAUUUCAAUUCACUAUAAACUCAAUCUUCCCCAUGAAAUUGAUGCUACGCUGCAGUUUGCUGAAAAAAUUUCCAGUUUAGACCUUUCUAACAGCCCGUAUACAAAUACACCUUAGUACACCUAGAAAUGGAUGACUCACCAAAAUAGCUUCUUUUCAACAUAGUAAGCGGUCAGAUAGCAAGCGAUGUGCUGUGGAAGUAAGGUGAGGUAUUUUCAUUGAGAAUUUGUAUUUUUUAUUCUCAAGAGCGGUUGUAAAUAUUCCUAUACAAACUCUUAUAUUUUUACCAUGAAUCUUAUUUCACAAGAUGAUGAUCUUACAGCUGGAGCUUGGGCUGCCUAUGAUUUAAAGAGUGUUCAUUACACAAACACAUUCCCAGAAACCUCCAUUGUGAGAUAAAUAUUUCAACAUAAUUAUAAAUGAGUAGGGUGCUUCAAGUGUGAGAAAAAUCAUGAACAGCUAUCAGUUACAAUUCUCAAAAUUGGAAGUUUGUACAUCCUUUCUGUGUGGAUUGUGUGAUGUUUCAUGGUUGCUUAUGAGCACAGACAUUAUUAUGCAGCAGCCAUGUAAGAUCUCUGUGGAUGUAAAGUCUGUCCAACCUUCACCUUUGUUUGAUGGGCAGAAAUAGAACCUUUUAUCCCCAGGUUUAAAGGCUGCUGCAUCUCUGCUGGUCUGUCACUGUAUCUCUACUCUCCUGUUGUGACAUGUGAAAAGAAGAUUUAUCCAAAAAUAGUUUCAGGUGUUCUGGUAUUUGUUAGCAUGUUUUGUUUUGUUGUUUACUUUUUACUUAUAAUAUUCAAUUUAUUUCUAUAUAUGGUCUUAUGCCCAAAGGUUAUUUUUCUGCUUUUUAUGUGAGAACAUGUUGAAGUCUGCAUGGAGUGUGAGUAUUGGUCAUGCAAGCAGCUGGCAAGUGCGAGCAGAGAAUACCUGUUCACCCUGUUGUGUUUUUAGACAUAGCUAUCCAAUAUACUUGACAUCACUAUUCUCACCAACAAGAACCAAUACUUUAUUAAAUGUACAAUAACAUCCUUUGGAAGCCCUUUAUUCAUUUUCAAAUGAGACAGACAUUCAGGAAAGACUGAAGAUAUUUAACAGAUUCAUUGUUCAGAGGGAAUGUUUGACUUGGAUUGCUUACAACUGGGUUUAGAGAAAUUGUGUUUAGUCAACUUUUGGGAGCAGAAGAGCACAAUCAUUAGUAUGCCAUGGGCAUUACUUCUCUGCCUACCUACUGCUUGCGUAACUCAUGCUCAACACUUGUUUAGAGCUUUGUGUAUAGGCUUGCAACAGAACAACAGCUCUAGAAGUACCACAGGGGGCUUAACCCUUCAAUCUUUGCAAUGUUUGUUAAUUUCUCUUUUUCUGACUUUAUUUCAUAGAUGAACAGCACCUAUUCAAUAACUUUGCUACACUCGUACCAAAUGGUUACCAUGUCCAUAGACGCUUUGGUCGAAAGCAUUUAUUGGCAGCAUUCUUUGGGGGUGGAGUUGCUGGAAAUCUCACCCAGUAUUGUUUCUACAUAUUUCAAAAAAUCCGCUGGGAGACUGUUCUACCAUCACCAAAUUCUUGGGGUCUUCUUGGGGAUUUCUUGGGCAACAAAGCAGACAUCUUGCAAAAGUUUGCUCUUGAUAAAGCCUUUACUUCAAUUCAUGGAACAACAUCGUGCAAAGGUGCCAGUGCAGCAAUUUGUUCUAUUGUCGCCAUUGAGACAUGUGCAAAUAUUGUUUCCUUAUAUGACAAAUACAUUGAACUAAGAAGGCGGCGAAGGUUAGGAAUAGCAGAUCGAGAAUGGGACAAUCAGAUGACGCAAGAAAUGAUGUAUGAAGUGUGCCAUUUGGGGCUUGUAAUCAUAGUUCUUCUGAGUGACUUGGUGCCUCUAUUAGACAGUACAACUCCUGGUAAAGGAAUCAUUCGCACAUUUGUGGCUUACUCUGCAGAUGGCAUUGGUCAUGCAGCACAUAUGGGGGGUUUCAUAUUUGGUGUUCUAUAUUAUUUGAUUGCAUUGUCUGGCAACAGAACACCAGGUAAUAAUAGAUGAUCACAAUAAAGCUCAAUUAUGGAGUGGGAAGUUACAGAGAUUUACCAGACCAAAAUGUUUUAAUGGCCAGUAAAUUCUUACUCCAUCAAAAUGUACAAACUGGUAUUUUUAGGACAUAAAUAUUAGAACCAUGCCAAAAGUUUAAACUUUGUUACGUCAAAUAUUUUCUGUAAUAUUGGUCACACAUGCUUCCUUUUAACAGACACUCCUUCUGGAGAAAGAAGUCCCUUGUAAGUAAAGAAGGUCUUUUUCUUAUGCCACAUGUAAGUGAUUGUCCUUAAAUUUAGUCUCUCAGGAUUGUUCAAAACACAAUUGAGCUUACCCAGGAUUAUAGUUAAUUUAUUUUUUUUGUUUUUGUUUGUUUUUUUUCUUUCAUAGCUUGUCAAAGAGCUUUCCUGUUAACAUUUUAUUAUAUUCUGUCUUAUAUUUCACUUACUAAAGAUCAUACCAGAUACAUUUUGCACAACCAGGCCUUGGUAGACUGUAAGCUAUGUCCCAUUACCUUUGAUAGACCAUAAAUAAUGUUUAUCAAAAUCAUAGCAAAGGUAUUGAAUGGUGUGCAUCAAACAAAAAAUUACUUUAAGAAACAGACUGAAGUUUUUGUCAUUCAGCUGUGAAAAAAUGUUACCAGCUCACAAUCACCAGACAGUGAUCGAGCUGUGCCAUCAACUGAACUUUUGGCAACAUUGAUGCUGUGCUUAUAUGAGGGACGCAUUCACUUG